AUGGAUUCUGUCGAGUAUUCGGACUCGAAAAUGGAUGGAGGUGAUAGUGUUGGGAAAGAAGACCUUAAAAGUGCAACUCCAGUUUACAAUGAUUUUUCUAAUUAUUCGUGUAGCAGCAGACAAGAGGUCCCGGUAAUUGAUGGAAUGGGAAUCGGAGAAUCACCAAAUGAUAAAAGCAUGAUUAUCAUUUCUUUAGCCCAAAUUGAAACAGAAAGGAAGACAUUACGUUUGUCCUAUAGAAAGAUCUCAAGUACAGCUGUUAUGGAAUAUUCUUGGCAUGUCUUUUUAUCAAAACCAUUAUGGGGGUGUUUUGCUUUAGUUCCAGAUUAUCCCGAUAGUUCUGUGACUUUGGCACUUCUUCCAAAACUUAAGUCGUUUCCGGAAACGUACACUUAG